AGCCGCCUCGGCUCCGCCUUCCGCCGGGCCCGGCUGCCGUGAGCCCCCCCGCCAAGCGGGGCCCCGGGCUCCCAGCCGCUGCCGGAAAUGGGCGCCAGGGCGUCGGCCACGAUACCCGUGGCGCCCGCCUCGGACUGGGCUCCGUACGUUGCAGCCUCCGGCAUCGUUGACUGCAUCGACGACGAGGCGGCUAUCCAUUUCGUAGCGGACGCUCUCCAGAGCACGCCUCUGCCAUCUCCGUGGGUCAUUGGCACGGGCGGGCACGGUAAGCGCCAGUUCAUCAACGCCGUGACCGGGGAGGCCACGUGGAAGCAUCCGCUGGACGCCACCCUGAGGUCGCUGGCCGACCUCUACCACAGGUGCGCCCCGCUGUGCCAGGAGUCCCGCGACGCGAUGCUGAGCAGGAUCCACCAGAAGUGGGACACCGAGGCAAAGGAUGAGUACAGCAGGUGGCGCACCGUGAAGCUGGACGAGGGUGACGAGUACUACUUCAACACGGCGACGCAGGAGGCGAUAUGGGAGCACCCGGCCGAGGUCUUCCUGCCGGGUCACUACAUGCGCGUCAGGGCCAUCGAGCGGCUCCGCAGCCAGCGCUACCUGAGCGGGCUCCGCAGCAGGGCGUGCAUCGCGUGCUCGAACUGUAGCCUGGAGCGUGAGGCGGACGACGAGUCCGAGCCCUCGGAAUGGAGGCUCAACCUCGACCCCCCUGAAGCGUCCUGGGUCAGCUGCGCGUGAUGGUGAGCUCGUCGAGCUUUGUUCUUACGUCUCCCCGACUAUUGCGCUACACACCGCGGACCUAGAGUCCUUCUUCCGGAUCUACGCGAUUGGCUUUUGGAGUGCAGGAGAGGAUCCGGAUAUGUUCCCGCCACUAACCAGGCUAGCAUACAUCAUUCCUUCAGCUCUCGGGCCGCCUGAGUAUGUCAGUCUUCCCUCGGCCAUUCGAUCGAACGAUCAAUGGCAUUUUUAUGAGGCGGAGCAGUACCCUUAUCAAGCACCAGCGGGGCCUUCGUGUACAGCACAUGCCAUAGCGGUGUUUCGAUGCACAGCGUUCGUACGCUGGUCUUUUUCAUUACUAAUGUGGGCGCCUUGAGCGCGACAGGGAGGAAGUCAAGCUGAACAUACUUCUGAUGGUGCAUCAACUCAGGGCUCCCUUGCACCGAUAGCAGUAUCUCGGACUUACAGUUUGACCUCCCCCUGAUCCCUUCGGCCAGCCUGAGUGGAGGGCCUCACAUGGCCCGUCGAUGUUGCCUCCGCCUGUCUGCGUGAAGGCCAAGACGGCGCCAGCGCUGAUGCUGGAGAGCACACCAGAACCACGCACGUCUCCAUCCACGCUUGUACCCAACGCUGGUGUGCGUAGUUUGUGCGCAUGCCAGUGCCAACCAAGUUUAUUCCAGCAGCGACAGCACCCCUCCCUGGGCCGCCCGCACGCUCUGGCGUCUCGUCGGCCGCCCGGGGCCCAUCGCCCCAAGCAUGCGCUGCCCCCCCCCCGCCGCGCCCACGCGGCCGAGGCCACGCGAAGGCGUUGCCGACCGGCCGCGCCACCGCCCACCGCCCAAUGCCCACUUGCCUCCUGACACGCCCAUCGCCCACCCGUGCGCCCCUGACGUCCGCGCACGGCGCCGUGCGCGCCACCCGCCCCCCGGCGGGGCGCCGAAGGCGCCACCGCCGGUCGCCGCCGGGGCGCCCGGCCGCGCGUAAGCUGCCACACCUUUUCUCCUCUGUGCCGCGGUGUGCUCUCGUUUUUCCA